UUUUGUUGAUGCCAUUCAUUGAUGUGCACGCCAAGCCAAAACGCAUAGAACCCAACAAACACAACUAAAUCCCUGUGUUGGAGCAAUCAUAAGGUUUAAAAACUGCUCUGACUGCGCAUAAAAAAGCAUGUUUGCUUGUCUCCUCCAGCACCUGCACUCUCAUUUGUCACUAGUCAUGUCUUCUUAUCAUCACAGCUACCACUCAUACACAUGCCAUAAAAGAAACAUUUUCUUCAAGUGAAAGAGGGAUUCUUAUGUUCCCCAUUCUUCACGUAUAUAAAUAUCACCCCUAGCUAUAUUGUUAAGUCCAUUCUCAAAUUGUCACACAAAAAAAAAAAAUCAAGAAAAGAACUACUCGCAAUGGAUCAUAUCAAAGAAUGUGAGAGAGCAACAAACGGAAGAGAGUAUGAAGUUGAUGAUCAUUAUAUGCACAAAGUUUUGUUUGUAGCAGCAGGCACAGCUCUAGCAAUGGCAUGUUUAAAAUAUGUUUUUUUGAUAUUUUUCAUCGAGCAAUGGCGCUCGAGGGUCUUUUUAAUCCUUAAUCUUGUUCUUUUAGCUAUUUUUUUCACUUCUAUCCGUUCAAACUCGAGCGAAACUCGAGAAAAUGAAGAUAAUAUAGAUAUGAAGAUUCAAGAAAAGAAGAAAAUCAAACAAUGUAGUAAAAUCAAACAAUGUAGUGAAGUGCAUAAGCAAUGCUGUGAGUUUGAUAAGUGGGCAAGUGAUGUACAUGAGCCAGAGCCAAAGCAAGAGCAAGAGCACAUUAAGGUUGAUAGUGAGGCACAGAAGUUGUCCAAAGAGGAGUUAAAUGAAAGAGUUGAAGCUUUCAUUGCAAUGUUUAGGCAACAUUUGGUUUCUGAUGCAAGAAAAGGUAGAAAUCAAUUCAUUUCAACGCCUAAAAAAAGUGAAAUGUUCAAUUUACACAAGAGAUCUAACUUGACCCUUUCAAGUAAAAGAGUAAAGUGAAAUGUAGCUAUUUAGUGUUACAAUAUGUGAAAUUCUGGGGAUGAAAGUAUAAUUUUUGUAAUUUUCAGGGUUAGUUUGCAAUCUUUUCUUAUAACCUUUUGUUUGAGACCAUUGUCUCAUGGUCCCAUGGAGUCCUAAAGCUAUUGUCAAAACUCACUUCAGAUUUACUUAAUUGACAAUUUUAUUAACAUAUUAA